UUAGGCUCUUUAAAGAUUCUGGUUAUGUUCCUACGUAUUUAAAUAGUAUUUAUAUAUAAUUGGGAGAAAUGUCGGCCUCGGUAGGGAGAAGAAUUUUAAUGCGUUUUUGCAGAAAUCACUCAAAGAUAUUGUCAACGCGAACCAGAAAUGUUAGAUUUAUUUCUAUUACGAAUAAUAACCUAAACGAUUCCACAAAAGUUCCGGCUUCUGAAAAUGUUUAUGCCGCUGUAUUAAAAGAAUUCUCUAAUCCGCUUGUUGUAGAAACAAUAGAACCUCCUAAAAUAUCACAAGCGAAUGAAGUUCUCAUCGACGUUAAUUAUUGUACUCUAAAUGCAUCAGAUGUCUUGUUAGCUAAAAAUUUGUAUACAUCUGAACAACAAUUGCCGAUGGUUCUUGGUCAUGAACUUGUUGGAAAAUUGAUUCAAGUUGGAGAAAAAGCACAAAAAUGUGGGUAUAAAAUUGGAGAUAAGGUUGUUGCUCUUAAUAAAGACAUUAACGGAGGUUUAAGUGAACAUUGCAUAGCAGAAGUUAGCGAUAUCUGGAAAGUGCCUAGUGAGGUAAAGUCACUAGAUGCUGUGUGCUUACUUAAUGAUUAUGUUAAUGCUUUAGUUGCAUUAGAAAGGAAAGUUAGCAUUCAAGAAGAUGACAUGAUUUUAAUUAAUGUUGGUAUGAGUAGUAUUGGUUUAGCAGCAGUUGAUUUGGCUACAAAUGUAUAUAAAGCUCAGGUAAUAGCUGUUUGCGCUACAGAGGAUGGAGCAGAACUUGCCCGAGAAAAAGGUGUACUUGCCUCCUUUAAAUUCAAAGAUCGUAAAUUAUUAAAACAGAUAGAAGAAGUAGCUGCUGAGAAAGACAUUAAAGCUAUUUUCGAUGAUGCUGAUGGUGAAUAUUUUAAGCAAGUUCUAGAUUGCUUUACUGCUGUCUACAAAAGUGGUGCCACAAUAAAAGAUUUGUUGUGUGAAAAUAGUUUUGCUGUGGUGGUACAUCACCUUUCACGCGAAGGGAGGAUAAUAAUUGCUGGGACAGCAGCAACCAUGACUAAGACUGAUUCAGAUCAAUUCAGUGUUAGUGGAUUUAAUUUAAGAGAAUAUAGAAAACAAAAGCCUGAAGAAUAUCGUCAAGCCGGUGAAGAUGUGUUACAAUUUUUUGAGGAGGGCCUCAUUAAACCAACUCGUGUGUUAAUUGUUGGACUGAAUAAAGUAAAUGAUGCAUUAGAAUUUAUUCUUAACAGCAAACCUACAGGAAAAGUUAUUGUUGAUAUAAAGAAUAAAGAAGCUGAGGUUGAAAAAGUGACAGAAUAAUAUAGAAUACCUAAUCUUAAGGCAGUGAGUGAACUAAGGUUUACAAAUAUGCAGAGUUAUUAUUAAUUUUUUUUAAAGAAAUACAAUAAUUGAUAAGGCAGAG